AUGCAGUUCCCCAAGCUCACCCCCCUACAAUCCCGUUUCGCUGCCACCUUUGCUGCGACUGUCCUACUACUCGUGCUCUAUUAUGCCCUUUUCACGAAUUCCGGCGGCUUCGCCUACGCGCUCGAAGUUCGCGAGAUAGCGCCGCCCGCAAUCGUCCAUGAUUAUCCGUUGCUCAUCGAAGGGAGGAAACCGGAGGAGAUUGUCGGCCGGGGCACCAGCGGGCUGACGACGCUGGGAAACAACCAGGGUAAAUUAUCAAACAUCAAUAUCGGCGAGACUCAGAACUGGGUGUUCCCCAAAGAAACCGUCAAUGGGCCAAAGUCUUCGCCGCCAAAGGGACUUCCGGCCAAUAUCACAGCGCCAUCCUCUUCAACGGCAACCAGCGUGGUUGGGGACCACGAGCUGAAGAAACGGGCAAAUACCGUCUAUAUCUCGUUAAACACGUGUAUCAAGCCCAGCCUCAAUAGCACGAGUCCGGCCUCUUCGAGCGCUAGCCUGCCUCCCCUGACAGUCUACAUAUCAACAUCCGACAACAACCAGAGACCUGGUCCUGGGAAAAAUGCAGAUGAACAGACGGAAUAUACAGCGGAUCAAGGAUAUAUGGGGGCAACCAUACAGGCUAGUGGAGAUGUUUAUAUCGGGGUGUCGGCAUCAAACACGUCAGCGUUCUCCGGAAUUUAUAAUUACGAAUUAGGCACAUCAGUGGACGCCUCUUACCACUCUUACGAAGACAGUACCAACCUGUAUUUCGUCGACUCCGACAUCCACUCUGCGCUGUUAAUCACAGACAACGUGACCCAGUCGGACCCUGGCACGCCCAAUUACCAGGAGUGGAUGGACAUCGAGCCGCCGUUCACCAUCUUUGCGAAUAACAUCAACAACUCGGGCAUAUAUGGAUUAGAGCGGUCAUACUGCGCGCUGAACCAGUGGUCUCAGAUCCGGAAGGGGAACAAUGCAAUCAACACGUCAAUGACCAGUCGAGGACUCGGCAACGAGCCCAAGGAGCAGUUCUACUUCACAUACCUGAACAGCAGUUCUACAUAUUAUGGUAUUCUUGGUAUGGACGGUAAUUCAACUAGUUCUGGGAACGGAGUGAUUGGUGGCGGGGGAAAGAUUUGGAGAGCGAUGAACUUUACCACAAAAGCCGACGACAACUGCGCCCUAUUGUACAACCUCGACUUUUGCUCCCAGGUUGCAUACGCAGUCCCGUCGAAUCCAGACCUCGAUUCCACCGCUCUGGCGCAAAUUUACGAUUCCAACGCGCAAAGCUAUUACCAAAACUUCAAAAACUCCCUCUCCCUGAUUCCCUGCAACACAUCUUCCAUUUCAAUGUACUCUCUCGCCGUUGGCUGCGCCGACUGUGAGGCAGCAUACAAACAAUGGCUCUGCGCCGUAACCAUCCCACGCUGCUACGAUUUUUCCAGCGACUACUCAUUCCUCCAACCACGCAACGUGGGACAAGCAUUCUUCAACGGCACCAAACUGCCCGCCAACCAUUCAUUGCUGCAAUCCCCCGUUACAAACGCAUCGCGCAAUCCGCUGAUUGACGAGAAAAUCAAACCCGGCCCAUACAAGGAGAUUCUCCCUUGUCAAGAUCUCUGCAACGAUCUUGUGCGCACGUGUCCUGCGGCGCUGGGCUUUAGUUGUCCCACAGGUAAACUGCUGAAUGAUUCGUACGGCUACCGUGCAUCGAAUGGUGAUAUCACCUGCAGUUAUCUCGGUGCAGCGUAUUAUUUAAACGGCGGGUACAGGGUAGAUGUGAAUAUGUCCAUGGGGAUGUUCUUAGCGGGUUUUGGGCUGUGGUUGGCAUCUGCAUUGUUCUAG